AUGAAAGAGCUUGAUGAAGACGAGGGAGAAGUGCCAGGAGAGGAACUCGAUGAGGACGAAUUUGGUCCAGGAGAGGUGGAUCCGCUAGAAGACAAACUAGUUGUUGAUAUCUCACCAGGGGAGGGCGGUCCACUAUCAUCAUUUGAACCAAGAGAGGCUGUCGGUUCUGGCUGUAAAGGAAGGGAUGGGGAAUCAAAUUCUGGAAGGGAUGUAAGGAACUCAAGAGAUGCCGCAGAACUUGCUUCUGCAUGUGAAGCUUGA